CGCUGGUUCUGUAUUUUCGAUAAAAGUUCUUUACUUUUGCGCCAAAUAUGUAGGAAUGGUAUUCUUUAAAAUAUCAGACGAUGGAGUGUUGGAAUUUUCUAAGACUCUUUGGAUAUUUUCCAUAGCUUUGUGGAGUGUUUGUGCUAUUGCAUACAUGAGUGCAUUAUCAUAUGAACACAGAGAUUUAUUUCAGACUAACUUCAUACGUGGAAUGACAUUUGUCCAAUAUUCAGCAAAAGCUAUUUUCUCCUUUGCAAUUAUAAAAUUCUAUAUUAAAGAACACAAACUGUUCUUAGAAACUGCAAAUCGAACUAUUAAAACAGUGAUUCGAAUAACAAUUCUAACCAAGAAUCUAAGAUUAUUUGGUCAGGAAUUCUAUUUAAUAGUUCUCGGCCGGGUUUUCUUAAUUUCUUUGAUAUUCAUUGCUGAUUUGCCAAACAUAAAAGUUAUCCAUGAAUCAACAGAUCCAUCCUUUGUGGUGCAAAAUAUUUUUGGAUACGUACUUGUUAAUGGAACUUUUAUUGCUCUAGAUGUAAUUUGUUUACUGUACAUUUCUUCAUCAGCAAUGUUUCUGGCUAUAGGGCUUCAUUUGGAGUCUUUAGUUGAACGUAUUCGAGAAUCCGAAACCAAGUUCAUGGCAAUAUUUCGAAGAAAAAAGAUAAUGAAGGAGUUCUGCGUGGAAAUAGAAGAAUGCUCAGAAAUUUAUUCGGAAAUUUUUGAAACAAUCACAAAAUUCCACGAAACUGUACAACUAUUAAUACUGUUUUAUAUUUUUUUCACACUCACGAGUAUGAUAAGUGGGAUUCAUGUUUGUUUUAUAAAUUACAUGAAAUUUGGAGGAAUACGUUGGUUUCUGUUGUCUCUGAGAACACUUCAAAUAAUAAAUUUACUCAUAUUAGUUCUUUGUGUGGAUUUGAUGGUACGAAGAUCGAAAAUUCCACAAAAUCUUGAUUGGGAAAGCUUAUACUCGAAUUACGAAAACGAUGAACAAUGGGAUAGGUGUAUUUAUCAAUUUUUGGUACGGCUGCGUUUGGAAGACUUAAAGAUCGAUGUUUUUGGAUUAUUUUCUCUGAAUCGGGAAUUUUGUUUGCAAGUAUUUUCAUUGAUGGUUGGAUAUUUGACGAUUAUGAUUCAAUUUAGCAUGAUGGGAUAUUUUAAAGAAGAAUCGUAAAACAAAAACAAUAAUAAAUCAAUUUAAACCCCAAAAACGUUAA